GCGGGCCCUAGGGGCGAGCCAGGCUGUUGCGGGGAUGAAGGCCCUUGGGGUGACCCAGGCCCUAGGGGCGAGCCAGGCUGUUGCGGGGAAGACGGCCCUUGCGGCAAGCUGGGCCCUAGGGGCGAGCCAGGCUGUUGCGGGCCAGGCCCUACGGGUGAGCCAGGCUGUUGGGGCGACCCAGGCCCUACGGGUGAGCCAGGCUGUUGCGGGGAUGAAGGCCCUUGGGGCGACUCAGGCCCUUGGGGCGCGCCAGGCUGUUGCGGGGAUGAAGGCCCUAGGGGCGACCCAGGCCCUAGAGGCAAUGAAGGUUCUUCUGGGGAUGAAGGCCCUUGGGGCGACCCAGGCCCUACGGGUGAGCCAGGCUGUUGCGGGGAAGACGGCCCUUGGGGCGACGAAGGCCCUAGAGGCAAUGAAGGUUCUUGUGGUGAGCCGGGCUGUUGCGGGGAAGACGGCCCUUGCGGUGAGCCGGGCCCUAGGGGCGAGCCAGGCUGUUGCGGGGAUGAAGGCCCUUGCGGCGACCCAGGCCCUAGGGGUGAGCCA